ACUUUCCCACAGGGGCUGGGAGUGGAACAGGAGGGAGUCAGCCCUGGAGGGCCGAACGUGAGGGCACUGAGGGGUGGGGAGACACCUGUCUACCCUGUCUUUAGCGCGGUGAGUCCUUGCCAGGGUAGUCAGAGAGGGAGCAGUAGUCACAGAGGCCUCCUGGUGGCUGAUGUUAGUAGAGCGGCGGCACAGCCCUGAUCAGAUAAAAACCUGGGCAUCCACUAGGCUUUGGAAUCUCACACGAUGCUGGCCUCUUCCCCAGAUUUACAUCCCCUGCUAUUAAAUGUAGGCUUUAUUAACAUUACCGUCAAGUUUUGCUGUCUGAGAAAAUACCACCCAGGAAGGAUCUAACAAACCUGUAAGGUGAUAUGGGAAAUCAGCUUGGAAUUUAGAAUUUGCUUAAGGUAAUUCACAAAGUAGGUGAUAAACACACCGUGGGCAUGAUCAAGUGUGGCACUUGCCUGCCGUGUACCUCCCCAGGCCUUUACCUGCUCCUUGAGCCAGGUGUGUGAGCCUCAUCAGCGGAUGCUUCAGGAAGGGUGGGUUCUACCUGAGGCACUUUUCGGGGAUUCCUGCACAUGUAGGGACUGGUCUGAAGUUGUCUGCAAGUGUCCCGGCCAGGAAGGGAUUUAGGACUAGGUAUUAAAGUCCUCUGUAGUUCAGGUAGGAAUCCACAAGCUGCAAAAACAGAUGGGAAGGAGCACCUGGAAACACCUCUCCUGAGAGAGGCGACCCCCCUCCCCAUCUGUACACCAAGCACCCUUCCAGGUACUGAGGGAGCCUCACCAACAAACAUCCCUGCCUGUGCAGACUUGACUUUAUUCUGUGGAGACAGACAGUGAGCAGUGAAGAUAAGAAAUGGGUAAAUUGAAGAGCAAGCUGGAAGGCAGCGAGUGCUGUGGAAAGAGGAAGGCAUUGCAGGGCGAGGGGACUAGGAUGCUAGGGGAAGCAGGGUUUGGGAGGGCUGCAUCUAAGUGAGGAUCUGAGAUGAUGAGACGGAUGAGACGGAGCUUAGUAGUUGGCGCAAACUAAGAUGUACGAAAGGCUGAAUGGGAUAGGAAAAUGCCCAUGCUUUCCAGCUUCUUCAUGCAUUUCUUUUGGGGAGUUUUGAGGGUGAAUCUUGGGGCACUACUGGUUCAUUACCUACUGUGAGCCCUGGCAGCCAAGAGCUCUGGAAGUGUGUGUCCUUACACGACUCUGCUGUCCCCUUUAAAGGACCUUCAGCACAGGCAGCCAUCCAAAUGAGAAGUGUUCUUUGGGGGCUCUGAGGUAGAGGGUGCCACACCCCACUCCUUGCUCAACCCAUUUGUGUUUGGACAUGAUCAAUGAGUUGGCCUUCUGCAAGCAACCAUGAGAAGCCUCUCUAUGCCUUAAUUAAGAUUGAUUUUAAUUUUACUUCCAAAAAGAAGGGUAAAUCCAAAGCCCUUAAAAUGGUCACUUAGGCAAGAUAAUGAGAAACCUUUCUAGGAGGUGCUGAGGUGAUUAGAAUGGGGGCUUCCGAGCUGGCUGCUCCCCCAGGGUGGGAGUAGGUAUGGCUUUAACUGGUUUAACCUCAUCGUGGGCACAGGCGCGCUCACCAUGCCCAAGGCCUUCGCCACCACAGGGCGGCUUGUCAGCCUUGUCCUAACUGGUGUGAAGCCAAGCGACUCAGCUCCCUCCCGACCUCAGAGCCGAGCAGUCAGCCCCCCAGCUGUCAACACUCAGGGAGAGGCAGGGGUGAGUCUGGUGGCAGAGCUGUCCUGGCCUCAAGAAAGCAGGAGAUGAAUGUUCGUCCCCCGCUGUUCCACGGCAGAGAUGGAUUCAUACCUCAGGUUUUAUUAGCAGGAAGGUAGCCCACUUCUGUAUCCUCCGUUAACAAAAGCAUUCGUGCAUUCCAGCUGUCAUCUAGGUCUCUCAAGUUUCUUUAAGAGGAAAAGAAAAGAUUUUUCCAGUCUAGUCUGACUUCUUGGCAAGCAUCUGUUGCCACCUCCCAAUCUCCCUUUUGAAUCAGGCCAUAGAAGUGCAAGCUUAUUUUAAUAUUAGCCAGAUUAUUUGGAAAGUAAAAAGUACUGCCAAAGAAAAAAAGGACGGAUUCCGGAGCCAAGUGCCCAUUUCCAGUUAUCCAUGCCUGCGUGUCUUCCAUCCAUGUAUGUAAUUGGGAGGUGACUGCUUGCCUCUGUCCUUGCAAGGUGAGGUGAAAACUGCCUGCUGUCCUUCCAGAAGCUGGGGGGCCCUGUGUGAACCAGCCUCCCUUCACAGAGCAUCCUUUGGCGUCUGCCCACCACGGCCCCUCCUGGGUGUGCAGCUCGGCUUGUCCCAGCACCACCUCUGCCCCCAGCUCCCUCUCUUUUUUGGGUACUUUCCCUCCCAUCACUUAAUUCAUGCCCCUCUCUCUUGUGCACUGGAAAUACAUUCUCACUGUAGACAGCAACAUCAAAGCACGCACACCUUUUUAUGAGCUUCGUGACCACCACCUUUGUGAUAGAGGCCAUGGCCGCAGCCAACGCGCAGCUCCGCUGGAAGAGGAUGGAGAACCACAAGGAGGAGGAAGACGACGACUCCUCCACAGCCUCAGACAGUGAUGUUCUCAUCCGGGACAACUAUGAGCGGGCAGAGAAGCGGCCCAUCCUGUCUGUGCAGAGACGUGGAUCUCCCAACCUGUUUGAAAUCACAGACCGGGUGGAAAUGGGACAAAUGGCCUCCAUGUUCUUCAAUAAAGUGGGGGUCAACUUGUUCUAUUUCUGCAUCAUCGUUUACCUGUAUGGGGACCUCGCCAUCUAUGCUGCUGCCGUGCCCUUCUCCCUCAUGCAGGUGACCUGCAGCACCACUGGCAAUGACUCCUGCGGCGUGGAGGCAGAUACCAAAUACAACGACACUGACCAGUGCUGGGGGCCCCUGCGCCGUGUGGAUGCCUACCACAUCUACUUGGCGAUCUUCACUCUCCUCCUCGGACCGUUCACCUUCUUUGACGUCCAGAAGACCAAGUACCUGCAGAUCCUGACCUCUCUAAUGAGAUGGAUCGCUUUUGCCGUCAUGAUUGUGCUGGCCCUGGUCCGAAUCGGGCACGGACAGGGGGAGGGGCACCCGCCCCUGGCCGACUUCUCGGGGGUCCGGAACCUGUUCGGGGUGUGCGUCUACUCCUUCAUGUGCCAGCACUCCCUACCAUCCCUCAUCACACCCGUCUCCUCCAAGCGCCACCUCACGAGGCUGGUGUUCCUGGACUACGUGCUCAUCCUGGCCUUUUAUGGCCUCCUCUCCUUCACCGCCAUCUUCUGCUUCCGAGGCGACAGCCUCAUGGACAUGUACACCCUCAACUUCGCGCGCUGUGACGUCGUGGGCCUGGCCGCCGUGCGCUUUUUCCUGGGCCUCUUCCCCGUCUUCACCAUCAGCACCAACUUCCCCAUCAUUGCCGUGACCCUGCGCAACAACUGGAAGACGCUUUUCCACCGCGAGGGCGGCACGUACCCGUGGGUGGUGGACCGCAUCGUGUUUCCCACCAUCACCCUGGUGCCGCCCGUGCUGGUGGCCUUCUGCACCCACGACCUGGAGUCCCUGGUGGGCAUCACAGGGGCCUACGCAGGCACCGGCAUCCAGUACGUCGUCCCCGCCUUCCUGGUGUACCACUGCCGCAGGGACACCCAACUGGCCUUUGGCUGCGGGGUCAGCAACAAGCACAGGUCCCCUUUCCGCCACACCUUCUGGGUGGGUUUCGUGCUGCUCUGGGCAUUCUCCUGCUUCAUCUUUGUCACGGCCAAUAUCGUCCUCAGCGAGACCAAGCUAUGAUGGCAGGACAGGGAGGUCUGGUGGUGGGAGGCGUAGGGUGCCCAGCCUCGUCCCUCACCCGCAGAGCCCAGAUUGAGUUGCUCCCAGGUCUCCAUGGGGCAGGUGGGACUGUGGCUCUAGGGGGAAACCCUCUGUCCAGCUGGGGGUCUUCUCCCCACCCCACCUUCCACCCAGUCUGCACCUGGCCUCAUUCCCCCAGGCUGCUCUCCCAGCAGGUCCUCCUGCCUGGGUGACACAUGGCUGCUCCCAAGUUCUAGGACUAAUUACUGGAAUCACAUCCCUCUCCCAAAUUCUCCAACAUGCUUCACCCCCCACCCCACCUCCAGAGGCAGGCUCCUCCCUGUAGGGUGGGAGAUGCGGUGCUGGCACUGCCAUAAUUUGUCCCCGCCCACGCCCCUCCCCUCUCCAGCCCCAUCCUGCAUCCUUGUCUCAGAACCCUCCACUAGCAGCUGCUGCCUCUUCAGAGGUGAAUCCGGGGCUACAAGCAUCCCAGCCAGGCCCGCUUGUGACGGCAGGGGCCACCCUCUCACCAGGCCUGGGAGGUGCUAGGCACCACCUCAGAGAGGGCCUGGCUGGCCCCCUGACAAGAACAAGAAGUGCUAACUGGUACCAGAGUCCCAGACAGAGCUGCGAGGGCACUCGCUGUGGGUGCGAACUCCGGAGUAGCAGGCUAGAGGGAGCGUCCCUCCUACAGGGACACGGCCACCUGCCAGCCGGGCCUAAAGUCUGGAGCUUGUCCCUGAAAGGGACCCUCUGCUGCCCUCGCUGCCCCGCUGGAGCCCUCAGGGCCUUCUGUAGUGCGGGUGGUCCUACUAGAGGGAAGCCAUCCCCACCUGGCACCUCUGAGACUUGGCAGUGACAUGGCAGUGGGAGGACUCCGAGGUUUCCACCCUCACGACGGUCAGGCUGCCCCUGCCCCCACGCCAGCACUAAAGGUGGCUCCCUUAGGGGCUGGGCAUGGGUGCUCGGUGUUCACACUCUCUGUGUCCCUUGGGCAAUGUGGGGUUGAAUGGGGCCCCUGCUGCCAUUCUCGUGGAAGGAGGCCAGGUCCCCAGCCACCUCCCACUCAGCCAUGCACACACUUGCUGGGCUGGCCUCCUGGGAAACACAGGUGACUCGAAUGAACUCUGCAUUUUCAACGUGCCUUCUACUGUUUCAGGACCUGGGGGUCCUCCUGACCCUCACUGGCUUGCCCCCAGCCCUGGGCCUGGUCCCACCUGUCCUAGAGCCCAGAGCCGCUGGCCUGGAGCUGCCUCUCUGGGGUGGGUCUCAGGCCCCAUCCCUCCCUCUUUUGAGUUCAGUGCCUUGCUCAGCCCCUCCCAUGUCUCACCGUCUUCAGACCUCUGACAGAGCAACGAUGCAGGGUCUCCUGGGGCCCGAGAUGGUCUCAGGGUCAGGGGGAUGUGGGAUUUGCAGGAAACUUGGGGAGCCCGCAGGUAGCGCCACCUCUACCCUGGCAGCUGAAGCCUGGGAGAGUCCCUCAAGGUGUAAUUGGCCUCAGUCUGCUUUCUCACUGCCGUCACCCCUUGGCGGUCCUUACCGCUUGUCCCCACGUGUCAUUAUUUUCCAUCCACAGGAAAAACAAAUGCCUCUUCUCCAUCUGCCAUUGUGGCUCCUCCCAGGAGGCCUCUCAGGGUGGGUAGAGCAGGGGCCUGCAGUGGCCAGGCCAAGAGCAAGGAAGACCUGGCCUCGCUCCCGUGGCCUGGGCUCUCUCUACAGCUUCCCAGUUGUUUGCUGAAAACUCAAAGCAUCUGGAAUUCCCCUUCUCUAGUUACAUUCUCUCUCACUUAGAGACAAAGCAGAUUGAAUUAUCCUGCUGCCCCAGGCUCCAAACCAAAUUUUGGAGCAAAUUCAUUAGCUUCAUAAAGCCCAGGUUGAUUUAUGUGACAGUCUGGAGCCGCCCAGCCAUGGAGUUGGUGGCUAUGCUCCCUGCCACCUCUGAGCCGAGGCAGCCCCAGCCCUGGAGGGAACAAGCCCACAGUGACCACAUUGCUGAAGCCAAGCGGGGACCCUCCCCACUGCUGUGGUCGAGCUGCCUUGCUCCUCAGUGUCGUCCUGCUAGUAGUGAGAUGGGGUCACCCUCCUCUCCAUAGACGCCAGGAUUCCGCCACUGACAGCCAUCGGGGGUUGGGGCCAGGGGCAGAGGACCACAGCAGCAAAACAGUCCCAGGUGAUGCUGGCUCUCCAUGUGUAUCAGGCACAUUGAACUGCAGCCAUCAUCAGCUUGGCAAAGUAGGCAAGUCUAGGUUGUGGUUUCCAUUAUGCAGAUGCUCCCCAGGGUCAGUGGUGGGGAGAGCAGAAGAGGAUACCGCCCAGCCUGACCCAGGAACAGGUGUCGCUGUGGAGGAAAGCUUAAAGCCAGCAACCUCUACCCAUCGUCCGCCACCUGCAUGGCCCCAGAUGCCCCAGGGGCAGGCCAGGUCAAGGUGGGAGUAAACGUUUUUUGCCUCCCUCCCCACAGAAGCACCAGACCCACCUGAUCCGCAGCACCUCGUGCCAGCAGCUCCUGGCUGUUCCUCACCUGAGGCUAGAGCAGCGGCUGCAAGAUUAUAGAUGGGGCAGGUGGCAGGUGACAGACCGGGAGGCACUGCUGGGUGGUGGAGGUGGGCUGUGGCACUGUGCCAGGCGCCUAGCCACACAGCUCUUUUCACCACGGGGCCAGGAGCAGCCUCGGCAACAGGCAGAAGCCAGAGUCAGAGGGAAGGACAGGGGCUGCUACCCCACUCCUGGAAAGCCACUGCAGAGGGGCAGUGACUGGCAGUGCCAGGCCUGGGGGAAGUGGAAGUGUCCUGUCUAGGGGGCAGAUUCCCAAGUAAGGGUGACCCAUGGUUAAGGGCCAAGGGAAAGCUGGAGAGAGCUUGGGAUCCCUUCCGUGUGGGCCAGUGGUAUUGACUGCACACUGGAGGGGUAACCUCCGCUGAGGGUCAUUAUGUGCCAGGCAUGGCAUUGGGUACUUUCUGCAUGGAUCAGGCAGCUAGGCCUGCCACUUGCAAGCAGCGAGCCUCCGUGACCUAUCCUUUCUCGUGUGUAAAGUGGGGUAAUAGUAGCUGUGUCACUGGUCAGUUGUGGGGGUUAAA